CCGAAUCUCUGAUUGAGAUUUAUUCCCAACUUGGGGGAAAGUCUCGAUGUAAGGGAUACCGACUUUAGCUGGUAGCACUGGAAUUUAUUUAUCUUGUUUGAGACAAUGUUGAAGCGUCGAACAAAGAAGAAAACCUCUGAAACUGAAACUUUGAUUUCUAGUAAAUGGAGGGUGAAGAAGGAAUGAAGAAAAUUUUAGUGACCGGUGCUUCCGGUUACCUUGGCGGAAAGCUCUGUCACGCUCUCCACCGUCAAGGUUACUCCGUUAAGGUCCUCGUCAGACGCACCAGCGAUCUUUCCGCACUUCCUCCUACUUCCGAAAUCGUCUACGGCGACAUCACUGACUUUUCCUCACUUCUCUCCGCCUUGCCUGACUGCUCCGUCGUCUUCCACCUCGCCGCUGUUGUCGAGCAGUGGCUUCCCGAUCCAUCUAAAUUCACCUCCGUCAACGUUGAAGGUUUGAAGAAUAUGUUGAAGGCACUGAAGCAAACAAACACGGUGGAGAAACUCAUUUAUACGUCGUCGUUUUUCGCUCUCGGACCAACUGACGGAGCUGUUGCUGAUGAGAAUCAAGUUCAUCAUGAGAAAUUUUUCUGCACAGAAUAUGAGAAAUCAAAGGUUACCACCGAUAAACUUGCACUUCAAGCUGCCUCCGAGGGUGUGCCGAUCACGAUUCUUUAUCCUGGGGUUAUUUAUGGACCUGGCAAAGUCACUGCAGGAAACACCAUUGCAAAUAUGCUGGUAGAACGUUUUAAUGGUCGAUUACCUGGUUACGUUGGCAAUGGAAAGGAUAAAUUUUCGUUCAGUCAUGUUGAUGAUGUGGUAGAGGGGCACAUUGCAGCUAUGAAAAAGGGGAAAAUUGGGGAGAGGUAUCUAUUGACAGGUGAAAAUGCAUCGUUCAAUCAAGUUUUUGAUUUGGCUGCUGUGAUCACUAGUACUAGAAAACCAAUGUUUAAUAUCCCUAUGUGGGUGAUUGAAGCAUAUGGGUGGUUCUCAGUGUUGCUCUCUCGAAUCACUGGAAAGUUACCUAUCAUCAGUCCACCGGUGCCAUGCCCAAUGCUCGUGAUCGGGUGCUGAAGCUAGCGAAUCAGGUCGGCGCUCCUGACCGGGUGCCCAAGAAGAAGAAGAAAACUGCGGCCCGUGUCUCGGAGACUGCUGGCGAUGCCGGGGUCGGUCCCUCGCAGGCGGCGAGCGUGAUUCCUUCCUCUCCUCCUCGGUCUAACCCGAUCAACAUUCCUGAUAGCAGUCCGUCGCCAGCGGCUUCUCCCCUCCAUAAACGGAAGCGUCCGGCUGGGGCCCUUACCAGGUCGUCUCCAGGAAGUCCGAACGGACCGGGGAGCUAUCUCCUACCUCCCUGCUAUGUGGAACGGUCGUUCUUCAAGGCCGAGGAGUCGAUUGUUGUGCCCGCGCCUGAGGCCAAGGCUAUUCUGGACCAGGAUGCUGCUGCUCGGAGAAAAGAUCUGGCCAGGGAUAUUGCUGCUGUCAUCCGGGUGAUGGAGACGGCCAUGGUUUUGACCGACACUUCGGUCUCCACUGCCUCGCUGGAGGGUGCCCUUUUGCAGGUCCGGGCGGAGAAGGAAAAAUUAUCUAAAGAUCUGUCGGACUACAAAGAAGAGCAUCAGCUGCAGGAAGGGCUGAGCCGGAAGCUGGAGGAGGUGGAGAAGGAGAGGGAUCAGUUGAAGGCUGCGACGGCGAGCUUGGAAGAGCAGGUGGCCGACCAUCAGAAGCUGACCGAGGACAACGCUGGCCUACGGGCUCAGGUUGCGUCUCUCGAGGGAAAGGUCCGUCCUCUGGCAGAUGAGACCGAGGAGGAACGCGCCCUUGGUUCGCGCGGUGAGUUGCUAGGGCAUAUUCGGACUCUCAACCAAGAUCUCGUGGCCUGCUUCAAAGAGGGUUUCGACAAUGCUGUCGAGCAGCUCGGGCUUCUGAACCCUGAGUUGGUGACAGCAGGGUCGGCCUAUAACUACUGCGUCCGGGAUGGUGAGAUCGUCUGCCCGUUUGAAGUGGAGGAGGAGCUGGGGGGAGAAGAAGAAGAAGAGGAUGAAGAGGUGCUCCGAGCGGAGUCUUAGUUUAUCUGUUUUUCUUUGAUUCUAGUUAUCAUGGCCUGCGUGCCUUAUGUAUUUUGGCCUUCGGGCGUUGUAAUAUGGCCUUCGGGCGUACUUGGCUUCGGCCACUCUUAUCGUUUUUAAUGUAUGAAUAUUUUCGUUAUCA